AUGCCGCUCGCCGUCCGCUUGCUCGCCGCCCUGUCUUUGGGUCUCUCCAUAGCGGGGGCUCCCUCUGCUUCCUCUCUCUCUGUCGUCCAUGAAUCUCGCAAUAACGUCCCUGCAGGAUGGGCACCCGUGCGGCGUGCCGAGCCGGAUAUGAUACUCCCCUUCCGCAUCGGCCUAGCGCAGCCCAACCUCGAGAACCUCGAGGCGUUCAUUAUGGACGUGUCUCACCCCGAGUCACCCAAUUACGGCAAGCACUGGAGCUCCACGAAGGUGGCGGAGACUUUCCGUCCGAGCAAGGAGACUGUCGACACUGUCCGCGCAUGGCUCAUCGAGAAUGGGUUGGAGGACGACCGCGUCAAGCUCAGUUUCGGUGGCGGCUGGCUAAAGGCAAACGUGACAAUCGCGGAGGCGGAACGCCUUCUAGGAACAGAGUACUACGUCUAUCAAUUUGGUGAUGACGAGGAUUACACCUACAUUGCCUGCCAUGAGAAAUACCAUCUACCCGAGCACGUGUCAGAGCACGUCGAGUUAGUGACGCCUACUUUGCAUUUCGACGUGAAACCCAGGCGGUCGCCAGCCAAGUUGGAAAAGUUUGAGAAGAGAGCUGCCACCUCAUACAACUCCUCAGCGCACUCCGUCGGCCAGCCUGGUUUUGGCGUCAGCUUCCCGAAGACAUCUGGUACGAUCCAGUCCAUCAUAUCAGAGCUCGAAGACUACGACGAGCAGAUCGUACCGGACUGCUUGCGCGCGUUAUAUGACUUCGCGUAUGUACAUGUUUCCGAUGGCAAUUCAAUCGCUAUCGUCGAAUACACGCCGCAAGCCUACGUCCCCACCGAUUUGGACAUGUUCUUCGAACAGUUCUCGCCAAGUCAAGUUGGUGAGAGACCAGUCCUAGACAGCAUCGACGGAGGCUACGUCCAAUCAGAGUAUACGGGCUUUAGCUACAACGGCGAGUCGAACCUCGACUUACAGUACGCCAUGGCAUUAGUCGGCGGCAGCCAGCCAGUCACGUUGUACCAAGCUAGAGACAUAGUUGAAGGGGCAUCUUUUAACAACCUGUUGGACGCACUCGAUGCUUCUUACUGCACAUACGACGGCGGAGACGAUCCGGAAUAUGACGCCAUAUAUCCUGAUCCCUACGGCGGCGGUUACGAAGCUCAUGUGAUGUCGACGUCGUAUGCAUACAACGAGGCGGAUUUGACACCGGCUUACGAACAAAGACAAUGCGCCGAAUACGCCAAGCUUGGCUUGAUAGGGAUGACCAUCUUGUAUUCCUCCGGAGAUUAUGGCGUUGCGGGAAAUGGCGGUCUGUGCUUGUAUCCGAACGGCACUCAGGCUGUCGGUGCUCCAGACUUCAACCCAUCCUUUCCAGGAACAUGCCCUUACAUCACAAGUGUCGGCGCAACUCAGGCCAAUCCCAACUCGACGGUGUUCGAGCCGGAAAGUGCAUGCGAGCAGGUUAUCUAUUCCGGAGGUGGUUUCUCCAACAAGACCGCUGUUGAAACCUACCUGGCCGAGUACCCUCCUCCGUAUCCGCCGACCAUGUAUAACUCUUCCGGAACCUCACGUGCCUUCCCUGAUAUCUCAGCGAAUGGCGCGAACUACGUCGUUGCCAUCCAAGGCGAGUUCUAUCUGGUAUACGGUACCUCCUGCUCUUCUCCGGUCUCCGCGUCGAUUUUCUCCGCAAUCAAUGACGCCCGGCUCGCAGUCGGAAAGGGACCGAUUGGAUUCAUCAAUCCCACUAUCUACACGGCAGAGUUCAUGGCAGCCUUCCAUGAUAUCACAACCGGCACGAAUCCUGGCUGUGGCACCGCUGGCUUUUCGGCGGAGCCUGGCUGGGACCCUGUUACGGGAGUAGGCACUCCUAACUUUUCGAAACUGGUCGCUUUGUGGCUUGCACUGCCGUGA